CAAACCUCGCUCAAUGACAAGCCUUUACUUCGACAUGUUGAUUCGAGAGGAUAAAGUGUCUGAAGCCUUUUUAGUGUCAGCUUGAACCAUUUAUUGAACAAUUGCUGUGAAUUUAACAAUAUUGCUACACAGUUGGACAGUUGAAGGAGUUUGACACAGGGAGGAUGGAGCCUCUCAGAUUCCUUCUCCUAUUAGCAGGACUAGUGGGAACAGCUACAACCAAUGUCACAACAGUGCAAACAACCUCACUGCCAGUAAACACGACUUCAGAGCCUCUCGACCUGACCGCAGAGACACUCUACAUGACAACAGAGCCAUUUAAUACGACAGCAGAGCUACUCGAUACGGCAGAGCCACUCGACACGACCGCAGAGCCGCUCGACACGACCUCAGAGCCAUUUAAUACGACCACAGAGCCACUCGACACGACCUCAGAGCAAUUUAAUACGACCACAGAGCCACUCGACACGACCGCAGAGCCACUCGACACGACCACAGAGCCACUCGACACGACCUCAGAGCCACUCGACAUGACCUCAGAGCAAUUUAAUACGACCACAGAGCUACUCGAUACGACAGAGCCACUUGACACGACCGCAGAGCCGCUCGACACGACCGCAGAGCCAUUUAAUACAACAGCAGAGCCACUCGACACGACCUCAGAGCAAUUUAAUAUGACUGCAGAGCCACUCGACACGACCUCAGAGCCACUCGACAUGACCUCAGAGCAAUUUAAUACGACCACAGAGCCACUCGACACGACCUCAGAGCAAUUUAAUACGACCACAGAGCCACUCGACACGACCUCAGAGCCACUCGACACGACCUCAGAGCUGCUCAACACAACCGCAGAGCCAUUUAAUACAACGGCAGAGCCACUCGACACGACCUCAGAGCAAUUUAAUACGACCACAGAGCCACUCGACACGACCUCAGAGCAAUUUAAUACGACCACAGAGCCACUCGACACGACCUCAGAGCCACUCGACACGACAACAGAGCCACUCGACACGACCUCAGAGCUGCUCAACACAACUGCAGAGCCAUUUAAUACAACGGCAGAGCCACUCGACACGACCUCAGAGCAAUUUAAUACGACCGCAGAGCCGCUCGACACGACCGCAGAGCCAUUUAAUACAACAGCAGAGCCACUCGACACGACCGCAGAGCCACUCGACACGACCGCAGAGCCGCUCGACACGACCGCAGAGCCGCUCGACACGACCGCAGAGCCACUCAACAUGACCGCAGAGCCACUCGACACGACCGCAGAGCUAUUUAAUACAACAGCAGAGCCACUCAACACGACCGCAGAGCCACUCAACACGACCGCAGAGCCACUUGACACGACCAUAGAGCCACUCGACACAACCGCAGUGACACUCAACACGACCGCAGAGCCAUUUAAUACAACAGCAGAGCCACUCGACACAACCGCAGUGACACUCAACACCACCGCAGAGCCAUUUAAUACAACAGCAGAGCCACUUGACACAACCGCAGUGACAAUCAACGCGACCGCAGAGCCAUUUAAUACAACAGCAGAGCCACUCGACACAACCGCAGUGACACUCAACACGACCGCAGAGCCAUUUAAUACAACAGCAGAGCCACUCAACACGACCGCAGAGCCGCUCAACACGACCACAGAGCCACUCAACACGACCGCAGAGCCACUCGACACGACCAUAGAGCCACUCGACACAACCGCAGUGACACUCAACACGACCGCAGAGCCAUUUAAUACAACAGCAGAGCCACUCGACACGACCGCAGUGACACUCAACACGACCGCAGAGCCAUUUAAUACAACAGCAGAGCCACUCGACACAACCGCAGUGACAAUCAACGCGACCGCAGAGCCAUUUAAUACAACAGCAGAGCCACUCGACACAACCGCAGUGACACUCAACACCACCGCAGAGCCAUUUAAUACAACAGCAGAGCCACUCGACACAACCGCAGUGACAAUCAACACGACUGCAGAGCCAUUUAAUACAACAGCAGAGCCACUCGACACAACCGCAGUGACACUCAACACAACAUCAGCGCCACUUAACACGACCUUAGCACCAGUGAACACGACCUUGCUCCCAGUGAACACAACCUCACAACCAUUCAACACAAUCUCUGUGCCAGAGCCAUUUAAUACAACAGCAGAGCCACACGACACAACCGCAGUGACAAUCAACACGACCGCAGAGCCAUUUAAUACAACAGCAGAGCCAUUCGACACAACCGCAGUGACACUCAACACGACCGCAGAGCCAUUUAAUACAACAGCAGAGACACUCGACACAACCGCAGUGACACUCAACACGACCACAGAGCCACUUAACACGACAACAGAGCCACUCGACACAACCGCAGUGACAAUCAACACGACCGCAGAGCCAUUUAAUACAACAGCAGAGCCACUCGACACAACCGCAGUGACACUCAACACGACCGCAGAGCCACUUAAUACAACAGCAGAGCCACUCGACACAACCGCAGUGACACUCAACACGACCGCAGAGCCAUUCAACACAACCGCAGAGCCACUCGACACAACCGCAAGCCAUUUAAUACAACAGCAGAGCCACUCGACACAACCGCAGUGA